AUGAUUCUACUUCCGGACACUGUCGUGAACGGUUGGGGAAUGCUACGCUCCUCUGGGGCGGUAUCAGCGGCCAUGCCUAGCCGCGGUGACCGGAACGCUGCCUUCGGAAACCAGGAAUAUGAAGUUAUUUUGCCUCCGCUUCCAACCGGUCGCAUCGUUUUGAAUACUGUUUUCCUUCAUGCUGAUGUUCGAGGACGGCCAUACCGAGUGGAAGACAUACGUGACGCACUUGAAUAUUUGGGCAUGUUGCCUGACGUUGAAGCGUUAGGCGCAUACCAAAUGAACCACGUGUGGGCGGUGACGCUGAAAAACAACGAGGCGAAGAAGAAACUGCUUUCGGCAUCUCAAGUGUCAGUGAAGGAGCGGCGUUGCCUCGUGGUGGAUCCGAACAACCAGGAUAUACGACUAAAGCUACACUGGGUCCUUCAUCAUGUCGACGACGAAGACGUACGGACGGCGUUUGCACCGUACGGCAAAGUCACGGAAGUGUCAAGGGAGCGAUGGCGCACAGAAGGUCUAUCCGAGAAAGGUUCAACGACGCGGCUUAUAAGUCUGCAGCUCAAAGCAGGUUACACGAAAGAAGACAUCCCGCAUCAGCUGCGUGUAGCAGGUGAGCUGACCUUAGUAGUUGUUGCUGGAAGAGCUCCCCUCUGCUUACGAUGUAAACGAACAGGUCAUAUCAGACGUGAAUGUAGAGUGCCGCGGUGCACAUCGUGUAAGCGCUUUGGCCAUGCUGAGGAAGAGUGCGUAAAAACUUAUGCGAAGGUUGCGGGGCCCUCUACAUGGGAUGAUAAAACAGAACAUCAGAUGGACGAAUCAGAAGCCGAGGAAGUUGCAGCUAGUAAAACGAGGGAACUUCAGCCUGUUGACACGUUUCCUUCGUUUCUACCAGCCAGUAGCGACAAACCGGAAGAACCUGUAAGCGUGCCCGCUAAACAACGCACUCCACACUCUGAGAAGUCAACGGCAACGCCCACCAAACCGAUGGAAAAUACUGUGAACUGUCAGCAAACACCAGUAGAAAAACCCGAGCGUCAACUUGACGACAUGAUGGACACGAAGACUACCCCGUGGAAGAGAGCACGUGAGGAAACAGAAGCUGAGAACAAGACCCCGGUUGAGACCAAUACCGGCGAACCGCCUACAAAGACGGCCCAAGUCCGCCGCAUGUCCUUGAAGCCGAAGCCCAACAUACCACCGGAUCGCCACACCUCGGGAGGCCCAUAG